UUCAACGAAGCGUGCCGGAGUUCUCUUUAGCUUUACUCAUGCCAGCAGCUUGGCAUUACAGCAUUUUGCGUCCAACUUCGAAACGAAGCGUUGUGCGUUUGUGUGCAAUGUUCUGAUAGACGACGGUUAGUGUUUCGGUGCGUUACCGUUGGCAAAGUUCACUGUGCCCGCAGAGAUUUAUAAGCCGUGAACUUUUAUUAAAUAUGCAGUGAACUUGUGACGAAUGGACGGAGUUUAAUGAUGACAAAGCGACCACCGAGGAAGAUGAAGUAGAUGUUAGAGAAGAAAUCGAAGAGAUGAAGCUGAUCGCGCUAUUAUUAACUUUGGCAUUGACAAAUGCCCAACAGAACAAUACCACGUCUCCUAGAAAAAUACCCAAGAGGAGCUACGUGUGUCCCCCUCAUUUCAUGAGACUUAGCCACAGGUGUUACUACUUCAGCAAAGAAGCAGCCACGUGGCAAGAAGCCUAUUUCCAGUGCAGAGACCUCCACAGUAAUCUUGCCAUUGUCAGGAACUCCAAUCAGGACAAACUUAUCCGGAGAACUUUAAGCAAGAAGUCUUUAGAACCUCUAGAAAGAUGGCUUGGUGGCCUCUACGACUGGGAACAAAUGACUUGGAAGUGGGCAGCGUCUGGCAAACCUGUCACCUAUCAAGGGUUCUCUCAGAUGGAUCCUGAAGAUAAGGAGAAGUUGCGCUGGCACUGCAUCAUCGUUGAUCCCAAACUCCAAUUCAAGUGGAACACUCGAAGUUGCUUGGAACGAAAGCAUUUCAUUUGCCACACCAAGAUCAAAAUCGUUACCAGCAAAGGUAAAAAGAAGUUGUUGCGACAAUAUAACGUCAACAAGUACAACAAACUGAACGAAAUCCCGGUUCCAACUUUACCCGAAGAUGGCAACUACAACACCACGAGCUUGAAAGCUGUGAACAUCAACAAUGCCCAGUUUGCGCUUAAGCCCAAGGAGCGGAAACGCAGAACUCGGAAGAAUAAGAGGAAGAAAGUCAACUUGCAGGAUAGUGGAUACAACAGCACGCUUGGUGAGAGGAGACGCCGGCAGAAGAACAAGGAAGAGGGCGAUUUGUCCAAUGAGCGGAUUAAAUGGAAGACGUAUUACAAAGAUUCGACUUUGAAUCCGUUGCAUCCUAAGCCCAUCGUUGAAGAGUUCAACUAUGUGAAGGAGGCUUGACAUGUUUAAGUGUGGACUAAAUUUACUGUUAAGUGUGUAAAUGUAUUUUUGUACAAUGAUUUAAUUUUGUAUUUAUGUACAUAUAUUUCUUUAGCUUUUUUGUGUUAAUUUUGAAUGUUUGGUGCUAGCAGGAGUUGAGUUAGAGAGUGGCGACUUGGUCGAACCGCUUGAAAGUAGUCUAAUCGACUCCUGUCUACAUUUUACGAAGUAUUACGACUUUCUGUUCAAUCAUUAUUUGUAAAAGUACUGUAAUGGAUAUUUACGAUAAAUAAAGAAUAAUCUGUUUGUGA